AUGGCACCUUACCUUCAGGGCGAUUACUCGUCGAGCGACUCGGGCCCCAGCGAGGCAUCGACCCCUCCGCAGUUGGCUGUCACCAACGGCAAUGAUGCGCGGGAGCCCGAGCCGAUCGCCAUCAUUGGCAUGGGAUGUCGGCUCCCCGGUGGUGUCAAAUCCCCCCAAGACCUCUGGAAGCUCCUCAUGAACGGGGGCUCCGGCCAGGGCGACGUCCCCCCGUCACGCUGGAACAUCGACGGCUUCUAUCACCCCAACGGCCAGCGACCGGGAAGCAUGAACACCAAGGGCGGGUACUUCCUCGACGAGGACAUCCGGCAGUUCGACAAUGGCUUUUUCGGCAUCAACAACCUGGAAGCCACCUACAUGGACCCCCAGCAGCGGAAGCUCCUGGAAGUCUGCUACGAGUGUUUUGAGAGUGCGGGCGCUACCUUGGAAUCUCUCUCGUCGGCCAACGUGGGAUGCUACGUGGGAAACUUCACUAUCGAUUUCAUCACGAUGCAGGCAAAGGAGGCCGAGUAUUUCCAUCGCUAUAACGCAACAGGCAUGGGAACCACCAUCCUCUCCAACCGUAUCAGCCACGUCUUCAACCUUACGGGGCCGAGUGUGGUCCUUGACACGGCUUGCUCGUCAUCGCUCUAUGCCCUUCACAUGGCCUGUGCUGCCAUCGACGCAGGGGAAUGCGACUCGGCCGUCGCCGCCGGCGCGAACUUGGUUCAGGCCCCAGAGCAGCACAUCGGCACCAUGAAGGCCGGCGUGCUUUCGCCCACGUCCACCUGCCACACCUUCGACGCCUCAGCCGACGGCUACGGCCGCGCGGACGGCAUCGGCGCCAUCUACCUCAAGAAGCUGAGCAAAGCGCUCGAGGACAACGAUCCGAUCCGCGGCAUCGUCCGCGGGUCAGCCGUCAACGCCAACGGGCGCACCAACGGCAUCACGCUGCCCAGCUCCGACGGCCAGGAGGCCGUCAUCCGCAAGGCCUACGCAAAGGCCGGACUAGACUACCGGUACAACGAAACCGACUACGUUGAGUGCCACGGCACCGGCACAGCCGUGGGUGACCCCAUCGAGCUCGAGGCCGUGUCGCGCGUAUUCAAGAAGCGCCUAGUGCAGAGCCCGCUGCACGUCGGCUCCGUCAAGACGAACCUGGGCCACUCCGAGGCCGCUUCCGGCUUCUCCAGCAUCUUCAAGGUCGCCAUGGCCCUCGAGAAGGGCGUCAUCCCCCCCACCAUCGGCGUUCGGAAUAUCAACCCCAAGAUCAAGACCGACGAAUGGGGCGUCAAGAUCGUCACCGAAGCUACCGAGUGGCCCACCCAGUCCAUGAUGACUCUGGGGAAGGCCACGCGCCGCGCUGGCGUCAAUUCCUUUGGCUACGGCGGUGCGAACAGUCACGUCAUUCUGGAGGCUGUGGACAACUUUGUCCCACGUCCAGAGGGUCCCUCUUCCCAGACGCUGUCGAAGCUCCGAUCGACCUUCAUCCUCCCGGUCUCUGCCAACUCCCCUGCUUCCUUGGACGGCCAACUGAGCAACUUGUCCUCCCUCCAGCUGGACGGACUCAACGUUGUCGACCUGGCCUACACCCUCGGCACCCGUCGAUCGCGACUGUCUAGCCGAGCGUACACCCUCGCCGGACAGGAGACGCUGGGUGAAAGCCUGCGACGCGAGAGCUUCGUCAUGGCCGCCGGAGCCGCCGACACCAGCCUCCCGCUGGCCUUCGUCUUCACAGGGCAAGGAGCCCAAUGGGCGCAGAUGGGCAAGGAGCUGAUCGAGGAGAUCCCGUCGUUCCGCAAGAGUCUGGUCGAGCUGGACAACGCCCUGCAGAAGCUGCCCCAUCGCCCAUCCUGGACGCUGCGACAGGCCCUGCUGGAUCCCAAGGAAACCUCCAUGAUCAACCAUGUCACGCGGUCGCAGCCCGUGUGCACCGCCAUCCAGAUCGCCUUUAUCCAGCUCCUGUGGAAGUGGGGCAUCGAGCCAGCCGCCGUCAUCGGCCACUCGUCCGGUGAGAUCGCCGCCGCAUACGCCGCUGGUCGUCUGACGGCCGAGGAGGCCAUCAUCGUGGCGUACUACCGUGGUUACGUGGUCGGACACCGCCAGCUCCCUUCCAAGGGGGGCAUGAUGGCGGCCGGUCUAGGCCGAGAUCAAGCCCAGACGGAAAUCGAUACCCUGGGUCUACCCGACUCGAUCAGGGUGGCUUGCAUCAACUCGCCCGAGAGCGUGACCAUCAGCGGAGACGCCGACGGCAUCGACAGUAUGCUGGCGCACCUGCAAGGGAAGGGUCUGUUCGCCCGGAAGCUCAACACAAACGACCGCGCCUACCACUCCCACCACAUGCUCCUCCUUGGCCAGGAGUACGAGCAGCUUCUCACCGAGAACCUGCCUCUCCGGACCUUCCAGCCGGACGGCAAAGCCCGCUGGGUGUCGUCCGUGACUGGGCAGGAGGUGACGGCCAAGGUCAAGCCUUCGUACUGGAGAGCCAACCUGGAGUCGCCCGUCUUGUUUAGCGACGCGGUGGAGGGCAUCAUGCAAAUCUCCAAGCACCACCUAGUCGAACUGGGUCCCCACUCGGCUCUGGAGAUGCCAAUCAAGCAGACCAUGGCAAAGCUGAACCUGAAGGCCGGCAGCGACUUCCACUACUCGGCCGCCCUCACUAGGAAUAAAAACGCCGUCACCUGCCUGUUCAGCCUGGUCGGGAACCUGUUCCUGCACGGCUAUCCCGUCGACUUCGCCCAAGUCAACUACGUUGAGGCGCCGACGACGGGCCUGGCGCGGCACGCCGCCCGGUACCCGGCCCACCAGCAGGGCAAGGUCAUCGCUACCCUGCCCCCUUACGCCUGGAGUUACGACACCCUGUUGUGGAGCGAGUGCCGUUUGAGCACCGAGUUCCGCAACCGCAAGCACUUGCACCACGACCUGCUAGGCGCACAGAAGCCCGGCGGCAACGGCAGCGAGACGACGUGGCGGAACGUGCUCCGGGCCCACGAUGCGCCCUGGCUGCUCGACCAUCGGCUGGAGGACACGGUGGUCUUCCCCGGCGCUGGCUACAUCGCCAUGGGUAUCGAAGCUAUCAGCCAGGUGAGCGGCAAGACGGUGACGGACCCCGCCGGAAUCUCGGUCAGCCUACGGCAGUUCCACAUUCUCAAGGCGCUUCCGCUGUCGGCCGACGCGAACGCCCCCGGUGUCGAGAUCUUCACGCAGAUCAGGCCGAUGGCGCUGUCGGCCACGGCAGACUCCAAGACCUGGUGGGAGUUCGAGGUCACCAGCUACCGCGACGAGCUCGCCACCACCCACGCCACGGGCAAGAUCAGCAUCGCCGAGACGCGCGCGUCGGACCUGGUCAAGCCCGCGCUGGUGCCCGGCGACGCCGACCUCGAGGCGCUCGCCAUGCGCAACUGGUACGGCCAGUUCACCAAGGUGGGGCUGAACUACGGCCCGGAGUUCGCGGCGCUCUCGGAGAUGCAGACGCCGCGGUCCAAGACCGGCAUGCACGCCGUCGCGAGGACGCCGCUGCUGCAGGGCGGCGGCGAGGGCAAGGACGCGCAGUCGACGUACCUGGUCCACCCCGUCACCAUCGACGUCAUGCUGCAGGCCGGCAUCAUCGCCAGCACGUCGGGCGUGAUCAAGGACCUGGCCGCGAACGUGCCGGUCGCGAUCGAAGAGGCCUACUUCCACGCCCCCGCGGCGCGGGCCGUGUCCGAGGAGGAGCAGGAGCACUACUUCAUUGACGCCAACGCCCAGCGCAUCGGCUUCUCGGCUUACAUGCUCAACGCCUGCCUCCGCGAUGGACAGGACCGCCCCGUUGUUGUCUUGAAGGACGUCCGCGUGACCGGGUACCAAGGCGGCGCAAAGGUAGCGGAUGAGGAGGAGGAGCGUGAGCCUAUGCUGCGCCUGGUCUGGAAGCCCGAUGUCACGACUCUGUCGAGCAGCGAGCUGGCCAAGUACCUCUCGAUCUGUGAAGAGGACCAACUCGUUUCCAUGGUCGACCUCUUCUCGCACAAGAACCCUCGCCUACGCGUCUUGGACGUCGGCCAAUCGGACGAGCUCACGUCGGCCUUCCUGGACGCUCUCCGGGCACGGAGCGCAUUCAAGCGGUGCGGGGCAUACGCCCGAGGCCAGUUUACGGCAGAAGACGGCCUUGUCAUCGAGACGGUAGACGGCAAGCAGCCUCUCGGUGAGGGGAAGAAAGCCUCGUCGACCGGACAAGAGGAAUAUGACGUCGUCAUCGUCGGCGAGGGCCUUGCCGAUGACCUCUACGCUCGUCUGGCAGAACUCGUGAACCCCGGUGGCGCCGUCUUGAAGAUGACGUCGAGCCCUUCAAAGCCCCUGGAUGGCUUUACUUGCAUCGACACGGCUGCAGCGUCGGGUAAGAUCUUGGAGGUGUCGACGCGGGCCAACGACAAGAAGGCCGCCACCGUCUCGGACGCCACUCCUAUCCUGAUGGUGGAAGAGGCCGCGGAAGAGCCGUUCAACAGCGCCCUGGCCAAACACCUCGCCGAAACAUUCGGGCAGGACGUGAAGCGUGUACUUCUGCACGAACUGACGAGCAGCGCCGUCACGACCCAGACCCUGGUGGUCUCCACCGUCGAACUGCGUCGGCCGGUCCUUUCAACACUCACCAACGAGGAGAUGGAGUACGUCAAGUUCAUCACCGACAACGCGCGGAGUCUGUUGUGGAUCACGGGUGGCGACAACAUGGACGGGAAGCGUCCCGACUUCGCCCUUAUGUCGGGCCUGUCGCGCGCGCUUAUGCUGGAGCAGCCGUCCCUGGCCAUCACGAUGCUUGAUCUGGACGUCGUCGCGCCGGAACAGCAGACCCUGCAGAGCAUCACUGCGGUGCUCCGUCAGUCGGUCGAAUCGACCACCCCGGACGCCGAGUACGCAUACAAGAACGGCCUGCUCCACGUCAGUCGGAUGCUGCCCGAGGAGGACAUGAACGCCACAUUCCGCGCCAGGCAGGGCCAAAUCUCCGCGCUUGCCACUCUGGACGAGGCGAAACCGGCUCGUCUGACCAUCGGCACCGUGGGACAGUUCGACACCCUUUCCUUCAUCCGUGAGGUACCAGACCUCUCGCCGCUGGCUCCGGGGACUGUCGAGAUCGAGGUCAAAUCCGUCGGCCUGAACGCCAAGGACUUCUACGCCCUCGCCGGAAAGGUCAACACAAAGGACGGAGUUUGUAAGCUGGAGUGCAGCGGCAUCGUCACACGCGUGGCCUCCAGCGGCGUGGAGCGGUUGGCAGUGGGCGACCGCGUGGUCUCCAUGGGGCCGGGCCACUUCCUGACGCACGAGCGGGUUCCGGAGUGGGCAUGCCAGAAGCUGCAGGACGACGAGGACCUGCACGUGGCGACAACGCUGCCGCUGGUCUUCUCCACGGCCCUCUACGCCCUGCACCACCGCGCCCACCUCCAGAAGGGCGAGUCGGUGCUGAUCCACUCGGCCGCUGGUGGCUUGGGCAACGCCGCCAUCCAGAUCGCCCAGCUGUCGGACGCCGAGAUCUUCGCAACCGUCAGCACCGAGGAGAAGCGGGAGUACCUCGUCAACACGUUCGGCCUGCAGCGCGACCACAUCUUCAACUCGCGUGACUCGUCGUUCCUGCCCGCCAUCCUGGCUGCCACCGGCGGGAGGGGCGUGGAUGUCGUGCUGAACUCGCUGACCGGGGACCUGCUGCAUGACAGCUGGCGGGCCUGCGCCCGCUGGGGCCGGUUCGUCGAGGUCGGAAAGCAAGACAUCGUCGACGCCGGCAAGCUGGAUAUGGAGAUGUUCCGCCGCAACGUCACCUUCACUGCCUUUGACCUCAGCGAACUGUCCGAGGAGGGCCAGCCGCAACUCAACCGCAUCGCCUCGAGUCUGCUUGCGGAAACCAUGUCUCUCUACAGGCAAAAGAAGAUCAAGGCCAUCGAGCCCAUGCGCGUGUUUGACGUGUCCGAAAUCACGCAAGCAUACCGCUACUUCGGGCUUGGUAACCGGAUCGGCAAGAUCGCCAUCUCCCUCGAGAACGGCAACUCUCUCGUCCCGACCCUGCCCAUCAAACACGCGUCUUCAUUCAGCCCCGACAAGACCUAUCUCAUGAUCGGAUGCCUGGGCGGGCUGGGCCGUAGCAUCUCGAGGUGGAUGGUCAAGCGCGGCGCCCGGAAGUUCGUCUUGGUCGGCCGGAGCGGCACGGACAGGAAGCCGGCCAGACUGCUUGUGGAAGACCUCCGGGCGUCCGGCGCCGAGGUGACAGUCGUUCGCGGAGACGUGGGCGUCUACGCGGACGUGCAGGCGGCGGUGGCUGCCAUCAAGGGGCCGGUUGGCGGUGUCGUACAGGCUGCCAUGGGACUCCACGAGGCACUCUGGACGAGCAUGCCCAACGAGUGGUGGCACACGGGCAUCGACCCCAAGCUGAUCGGGUCGUGGAACCUCUACAACGCGCUCGAGGGCCGGACGGCCGACCUCGACUUCUUCCUGAUGACCAGUUCCGUGUCGGGCAGCGUCGGGACGGCGACCGAGGGCAACUACUGCGCGGCCAACUACUUCCUGGACGUGUUCGCCCGCUUCCUCCGGACCCAGGGCCUCCCGGGCCUCUCGCUCGGCCUCGGCAUGAUCUCCGAGGUGGGCUACCUGCACGAGAACCCCGAGAUCGAGGCGCUGCUGCUCCGCAAGGGCAUCCAGGCCAUCAACGAGGACGAGCUCCUGCAGAUCAUCGACAUCUCGCUCGGCCACAUGGCCAGCCGCACCAAGUACGACGCCAACGCCUCCUGCCACGUGCUGACCGGCCUGGAGCCCCUGGGGCUGAAGCUCCUCCGGAAGCAGGGCUUCACCGGCACGAACCCGACGCUGAACGACCCGCGCGCCAGCGUCCUGGCCGCCGUCCUCGACAGCGACACGGACAAGAAGCUGAAGGGUAACGACUCGGGCAUGCCCGACGAGCUGGCCGAGGCGCUGGCCAGCGGCCACGAGGGCCAGUCGGUGCUCGAGGCCAUCGUGCAGCUGAUCGUCCAGCGCUUCUCCAACCUCGUCCUGCAGCAGGUCGACCGCAUCGACCCGGGGAGGGCCUUGUCCAAGUUCGGCAUGGACAGCAUGCUCGCGGCCGAGUUCAGGACUUGGUUCUACCAGGCCUUCAAGGUGGAUGUGCCUUUCCUUACUUUGCUGUCGGAGACGACGACGCUUAACACGCUGGGCGAACUGGUUCAUGCGUCCGUCACUGGUUCGAGCUGAGGUGUGGGGUUGUAUGCGGGGUUUCUUUUUCAUUUCUUAAUUAUGAAGUUAUGUCAAAUAGGUAGCUACGAUGUUUUCA